AUGAGGGCACUCAAGGAACUCGGUGAAUCCGUCGCUAGGGGUGGUUUUUGGAAGAAACUUGUCAACCCAACGGUGGGCCGUGGCAAAACGGCAUGGCCGACUGCUCCUGCCGAUCAAGUGAGGAUUGGCGUUCGAUUUGACUACGAUGGCGAAGUGACCAUAAACGGGGUUGUGCAUCACAAGUACCAGUGUCAACCGAAUGCUGGCAAAAUCCCCAGUUCGAUCAAAACCUGGAGAGAUGCGAACGGUGGAACGCACUCUGUAAUGACCAGUAUCUUCAUCAAGAAGGACGGUACAAAGGAAGAGGUUCAACAGGCUAUUGAUGAGGCUCUUAAAUCUAUCUGA